AAUUCAUGACUAUAUACAACUAAACGCACUUAUUAAAAAUAUGGAUGAAUUUUUAAACGAACAUCAGGCGGUUAAACUUAUUGUUAUUGAUUCAAUUGCAUUCCACUUUCGCACGGAAUUGGAGCUAUCAAUUCGGACACGAGUGCUUCAAAUGAUAGCACAAAAGCUGGAAGAUAUUGCAGAAUCAUUCGAAAUUGCAAUCGUUCUGAUGAAUCAAAUGACCACAAAAUUUGGCGGAAAUAGCGGGCCAGACAAUACAACAUUAGCACCAGCAUUAGGUGACAUCUUAAGUGAGGCAUGUUCGGAUCGCGUAUUACUUUUUUGCCGUGAGGAAGAAAGGUUUGCACAUUUAUUUAAGUCAGCAACGAAGCCUGAGCUGCAAGCCACAUCUGUACAAUAUCAAAUUAUU